GUUUGAAGUCGAAGUUGAAGAUAUGUUCAAUAGUUUAGUAGUAAUCUUACUGGCUGGAGUAGGAGGUCAGCAAACCUGUUAGCAUGGCUGGGUUAUAACUUGCUACAUGUAAGAUUCCUAUAAUUUUAUACAUUUACAUUUAUUUAUUUGGCAGAUGUUUUUAUCCAAAGCUUUCAGUCAUUGUUCAAAACAUUAAAAGCUAAGAGAGCAAUAUAUUAAAGGAAAUUAAGAGCAUUUACUAAGGGAAAAUUGUGUGUUUUUAGUUCCUUCCUGAUUUGGUUAGUUUAGAAGAUAGCAGUAAGUUUAUUUUGAUAAUCGUCAAGUCAGUCGUCAGGGCUCGUGCAAGAUCUAGGAGUACAUGGAGCAGGUCUUCUUGGUGGUGCCUUGCAGGCCCAUUUGGACCUGGUUCUUGACCUGAUGUUCAUUGUAACAGCCUUCUCUGGACCUUCUUUUUUUAGGAUGUCAGAUAUUUCACAGGAGUCGGAAACAUGUUGUCAUUUCUCUCAGAUCAUGUCUUUGAUUGUCUCUCAUGUGAACAAGCACUGAUCUGUCUCAGACUUCGGCAUUUGUCUGUGAUUCUAAAAAAUGAGUGAAAAUCAGGGUUACAAUUGAGUGGGAACUCUGCUUUAAAUGCACCUUGAUCAACUAGUCAUGGUCUUUGUCUUUAGUAACAGGCAGGUGUGUCAAAACUAAACUCGGAAAUCAGGCUCCACAGGAGCAGGAAGGAGGAGCCUGUUUAACUGAAUCCCAGACAAACCUGUUUUACACAUCUCACUCACAACCAGGAAACAGCAAUCACCUGCAGUCAGGAAAAGAGGAGUUUUGAGCUGUCGUGAGUUUGUGUCUCUGUAUUCAUGCAGUAAAAUGGCAGAAGUCACAUUUUCUCAGGAUGAGUUCACUUGUCCAGUGUGUCUGGAUCUCCUGAUGGAUCCGGUGACCAUCCAGUGUGGACACAGUUACUGUAAGAGCUGUAUUACAGGCUUCUGGAAUGAUGAAGAUCAGAAUAAAGUCUACAGCUGUCCUCAGUGCAGACAGACCUUCAGUCCAAGACCUGCUUUAGCCAUAAACACCAUGCUGGCUGAACUGGUGGAGAAACUGAAGAAGACCAAACUCUCUGCUGACUGUGACGCUGGAGCUGGAGAUGUUCAGUGUGACGUCUGUACUGGAAGAAAAUACAGAGCCGUCAAGUCCUGUCUGAUGUGUCUGGAGUCUUACUGCCAAACUCAUUUUGAGCGGCAUGAGGAGUUUCAUUCACGUAAACCACACAAAGUGACUGAAGCCACUGAACGACUGCAGGAGAUGAUCUGCCAGAAACACGAGAAGAUCCUUGAGGUUUUCUGUCGCACUGAUCAGAAGUGUAUAUGUGUGCUGUGUACGAUGGAUGAACAUAAAAACCACGACACUGUAUCAGCAGCAGACCAGAGGACAGAGAAACAGUGUUUGCAGUCUCUCUCAGCACCUUCUGAAUCUAAAGACAUGAAUGAUGAUCCCUUCAGUUCUCACAUCUCUUCUGAUGACCUGAGAGAAUCUGUCCAUCAUAUGAGAGAUGAACUGGAGGACUUCUGCAAAGAGCAGCUUAAGAAGAUCCCAGACAGAGUCACAUUCAACAACAUUGUUCCCAGAAGCAGGAAAGAUUUCCCACAAAAUUCCCAUCAGUUCACUCUGGAUGCGAACACAGUGAAUAAAUACCUCUGUCUGUCUGAGAACAACAGAAUGAUUACUCACACUGGCACAAAGCAGCUGUAUCCUGAUCAUCCAGACAGAUUUGAUGGUUUGUGUCAGGUGUUGUGUAGAGAGAGUGUGUGUGGACGCUGUUACUGGGAGCUGGAGUGGAGCGGAUAUGGUGUGUCUAUAUCAGUGUCAUAUAAAAGCAUCCGCAGGAAGGGACGUGGUAGAGAGUGUUGGUUUGGAUCCAAUGAUCAGUCCUGGAGUUUGUUCUGCUCUUCCUCCAGAUGCUCUUUUGGAUUCAAUAAGAUAUGGACCGAUCUCCCUGUAGAGUCCAUCAGCAGAAGAAUAGGAGUGUUUGUGAAUCACAGUGCAGGAACUCUGUCCUUCUACAGCGUCUCGGACACAAUGAACCUCAUCCACACAGUCCAGACCACAUUCACUCAGACACUCUAUCCUGGGUUUAACGUUUUUUCUGGAUCAUCAGUGGAACUGUGUUGAUGAAUCAGAAUAGACUGACAAGAGAUUCCACCAAUAAUGAUUGGAGCAGGGGACACUUCACUAUCUCAGAGUGAUCUAACUGAUGCUGGGAUGUCACAUGACAGUAACAAGAUGGCGUAUGUAGUACGUCUGUAUUUUAAUCGCACUACAUAUUCGUACUAUACAGAAUAGUUUAAAAUCUAAAGUAGUACUUACUCAGUAUUUAAUUUCGAAUGCACUGAUUGAUGCAUCC